CGCGAGUCAAAUGUUCAGCGACCAAACAACGCGCGUCGUAGUACGGGGCGAUGAAUUUCGCGAGCCGCUCAUGCGAGGAUCUCACAUGCACGUCCGGAAUUCGGAAAUCACACUCGCCGGCGGAGAUGCUGUCCCGACGCGAUUUGCCCGUCCACUGCACAACACUACCGGGUGUGUUCCGUGGAUCAUCCUCCGGGACAAGAAGAACGAACUACACACGAGGAGGUAGAGGACGAGGCAGAGGAUUGGCGACGGAUCCAUCUACCGGGAACGGGGGCCUCUCAGCGAGGAAGCCGGCUGCGCACAGGACGAAGUUUCGAGCAAACUGCCGGCCGUGGCCAGGUGUCUCGCCUCUUUAUUCGUUUUGGGCCCCAAGUACGUGA